UCUAACCGACAUUUUCUUGUAUCAUCUUCUUUACCACCUCCGUCGCCGUCGUGUCAUUGAGUUCCACGAACGAAGCUCUUCUGCUAUAUCCAUGGCGGAAACCGGGCCGAGCCCCGAAGAACCUACCUAUUCGGUCUCCCUGUCAAGUAAGCGGAAUCUCGCUGACUUCCUUGUAUGGAAAGAGUUUUUGUGGGGUGGUAUUGCUGGAGCAUUUGGAGAAGGGAUGAUGCAUCCAAUUGAUACCAUAAAGACUCGAGUUCAGAGUCAAGCUGUUAUUUUUGGUUCCCAGAACCAGAAAAGCAUUCUACAGAUGGUCCAAACAGUCUGGGUUUCUGAUGGGCUAAAAGGCUUUUAUAGAGGUAUUGUUCCUGGGAUUACUGGUUCUCUUGCAACUGGAGCAACAUAUUUCGGGGUCAUAGAGUCUACCAAGAAAUGGAUUGAAGAAAAUAACCCAAGUCUUGGUGGCCACUGGGCUCACUUCAUUGCUGGAGCUAUUGGAGAUACAAUUGGCUCUGUAGUUUAUGUUCCUUGUGAAGUGAUUAAACAAAGGAUGCAGGUUCAAGGCACUAGAAAAUAUUGGAGUUCUGUUGUCCUCAAAAAUGGAAAAGUUAUGAGACCCGACUGUCAAGCAUAUGAUUACUACUGGGGGAUGUUUCAAGCUGGUUCAUCAAUAUGGAGAAAACAAGGUCCACGAGGAUUGUAUGCAGGGUAUUGUUCCACGCUUGUAAGGGAUAUACCAUUUGCUGGCUUGAUGGUUACCUUUUAUGAGGCUCUAAAAGAUUUCACAAAAUAUGGCAAGAAAAGAUGGUUCCCUGAUUCUAACUAUCAUAUGAGUAGCUCUAUAGAGGGGCUACUAUUGGGAGGAUUGGCUGGUGGAUUUAGUGCAUAUCUCACCACUCCCUUUGAUGUUGUCAAAACAAGAUUGCAAGUGCAGGGGUCAAAUUUAAGGUAUAACGGCUGGUUUGACGCAGUUCACAAGAUCUGGGUAAUUGAAGGUCCAAAAGGAAUGUUUCGAGGUAGCAUUCCUAGAAUUAUUUGGUACAUUCCUGCAUCGGCCGCAACAUUCAUGGCUGUGGAGUUCCUUAGGGACCAUUUUAAUAACGACACUCUCACCAAGUUAUCUAUAGACAAGAAGAAAUUGCCAUUGCAAAAGGAUAUUAAAAACUCCUACUGAUUUUUGUCAAAGAAUUUGCAACAUUCUUAUAUCACCAAAUUAGAUUAAAAAGAGCUCAUCUUCCUUUCUUUCAGACAUUAUUGUAUAUUAUUUUCUUGACAGAUCUGAUGGGAGUUCUGGGUCUCGGAUUUUGGCAAGAUUAGAAAAAUAUAUUUUCUUCAAUAAGGUUAUUAAAUGGAUUUCAUUUUCUUGUA